UUUUUGGGUAAGUAACUGCUGCAUCCUGUGGUUGUCAUAGAAGUGGAAGUUUUGUGGUUUCAAACUGAGCACUCUCUGUCCUGAGGAAGGAACACACAUUACACUAGACCAUAUCUCCUCUAAAGAUGUGCCGCAUAUCAAUACAUCUCCUCAUUGGUGCCUUACUUGUCUCUGCUGUUAAAAAUGAGGUCACAACCAUGAUAAACAGCACAGAAAACACCACAGCUCCAUUUUCAGAGUUUAACACCACCACCCAUUUUGAAGAAAUGGACAACAUUACCACUCCAAGCUACACGAUCACCCUGCCAAACUCUACGGUUGUGAAUAGCACCUCAGAUGGAAAAUCAGAAUCGCGUACUCCACCGCCCUCAAAGCAUCCGCAGACCAUCAGUUUCACCACAGAUGAUUCUCUGAAGACCGUUUCACAAUCAAGCACAAAUAAUAUGAUCAGAAGCACAACUACUAGCACAGCAACCACAACCCAAGCAGCGGAGAAUGUCGGAAAUAAUGGAACAACUUAUAUAAUUAUCUUUAUUAUUGCUGUUCUGUGCCUCGCUGGGGUAGUGCUUUAUUGUUGUCUUAAAAAGAAAUCCAGGAGGUACUCCGUGGAUUUACAUCCCAAACAAGAAGAUGCUCAGAUCCCUCUCAGCACAGUGGAUAUAGAGGUGUUCGACACCACAUCAGUCAAAGAUAUGCAUACAUUCACUCCUGUCGAGUCCACCGAGCCACUUAAAGACCCUACGCCUGUUAAGGAAGCUGAGAAGCCCGAUGAAGAGAAGGAAUCAACUGAUGCUAAAGAAGAAAACCAACAGAAUUUAGCCAGCACUGAGGCCACGGGAAACCCAAAGGAUAAAAUGGAGGGCCUGACCAUAGUGGAUCUGAAUGAUGGAGAACCUUCGAUCUCCACCAAAACCUCAAUGGAAUCCCUAGACGAUGUUCUCAAUGAAAACAACAGCAACAAUACAAGAGCUGAAGUCAAGGGCAAUGGGCCUGGUUUCACCGAAAACCUCUAUUGAUGCUUUAUAAAAUAAAUCAAGCUCUUCCUAGCAUUUUACAUUGCUGAUGAGAGACCUUCAUCAGCAUUUCAGUACACGAUGCCCCACGGUACGGACAAUGGAAUGCUCCGUGGAUCUUAAAUUACAGCAGACAUUCCACACAUAUAUAGUGUACGUCCAGAAAUGUAACAUUUUCAGCAAAAAUAGAAAUCAAUUAAUAAAUAGAAAUAAUACGUCACCUUGAAAAUGGUCUACCUUUUUAAUACAAUAUGUAAUAGAAAUUGUAAAUAUUUGUGUAAAAAGACAAUUUUCCAUAGUGGUCUCAGCCUUUUUUUUUAGACAUGUAUAGGUUAUUAUUACAGAUAUAGAACAUUUUACAUAUUGGUCACACUUUAUUUUAUGCUAUUAACAAACCAUUAACUACGACUUUUGCCUCAAUAAACUCUUAAUUUGCUGCUUAUUAACAGUUAAUAGUUAUUAGUUAAUAGUUAUGCUGCUUAUAUAAUAGCUAAAGUAGUUGGUUUUGGUAUUUGGUAGGACUAAGUUUUGGUAUUUGGAAGGACUAAGAAUGUGGUUGGUGAGUUUGAUUUCACCAAGUAGGCACUCUAAAAAACAACUAGUUAAUAAUGAGAAUUGGUCUCAACGCUAAAUUAAGUAAGCAAAAUACUUAUACAUACCACUACUACGCACAGACAAACUAUAAUUAGCAGAAAAUUAGGAAAAGUCCAGACAGUUAAAGAAUCAAAGGGAGGAAACAGAGAGAAAACCUCUCAUUCAUUCCAGCUGGUUUGGAACUGAUGGACGGGUUGGAGAGAUGAACUUGAAAAGAGGUCAUGUUCUCCCACCCCCAUAGAUAACAACUAAUGACCAUGACUGCUCAUAAAGAAGUAUAAUUAGCCAGAGCCCCAGGGACUAUUAUAUAGGGUAUUAUUUUCCAAUAAGAGUAUGCUUUCAUGUGCUCUCCGGUCAUUGUCAGGAGCUCUGUUUCCAGGUUUUGGGAGUUGAUUGGGCUCUCAUAAAUGCUUCAGUUGUAGCUAUAUACACAUUUACUUUAUGGUGCUUGGUCUACUCAACAGAGAGAAACAAAAACUAGACAGUAGUAUUUUAUCAGACAAACAGCAGGAUUGGCAAGUUUACAGAAAGGACAGUCUACCGAAGUUUAGUGGCAUUUACAUUGUUGGCCAAUAGUGCUCUGCAUGUCUGCUCUAACAGCACUAACGCAAUACUUAAAGUUUUCUUUCCAAAGACUGAAAUGACGAAUGGUUAAUAUCCGUCCGUGACAUGAAUGAGUUCCCUAUUAAAACAACAAUGAAAAAGAUCUGAAACCUUGAACCUUUUUUGAGUUCAAUACCAUCUAAUGACAAAGAAGCCAAUGCUAGAUUUACAAUAAGAAUCUAACACUCGCCCAGGCCUGAACAGUAUUACACACUGUCCUUUGGUGUAGAACUAAUGUGUGUUUGCACAUGUACAUACGCAGUUAUUGACUACUAGCGUUUUGAUGUGGUUAUUGUCUCACCUGGCCAGGUGUAACUUCGGAUGAGUGGGAAUGAGAGAAACUCAAAGCUGUACCAGGUGGUGCCUCCUGGUUUAAGUUGAAACCUGCAAACUUCAAUGUAAGCUUUUCUUAGUAGCAAAGUUAAGUAUAACUUUACUCAGCGAUUGCAUCAAACAUUUCACCAUAUCAGAAAGAGUCUGGGGUUAUCGUGUUAGGUGGAAGAAGCAUACUACAAUGAUUGUUAUGCAUUUGUUAUGUUUCCAUGGUUCCACUGAAACAUUAUGGUUUUAUUUAUAAGAUUAACCACACAUUGACUCAGUGAGAUGUUAGUGUUUGUAUGUACACAAACACUGAUGACUGUAUUUGGUGACAAGAGAAAACACCAUAUCUGGGCAGUGUUAAAAAGAGAAUGUGGCAAACAUUGUUCUUAAAGACGUCCUCUUCACACUUCAAACUGUUUAUAAGAAAUAGAAAUAGAUCACCCUAUUUACUGUCAAAAACUAAGAUUUUUGAAGAAUGUUUUUAUCCAUACAAUAAAAGUCAAUUGGGUACAACAGGUUCAAACUCCAAAAUGGACAUAAAAGUUGUGUAAAUGUAAUCCAAAAAAUUCAACUGGUUUAAAUCAAACUCUACUUCAUUAUCUUCUAAUAUUUUAUAACCAAUAUUAUUCUUUGUUUGAUAAUUAGAGAGAAAUGCAAGUAGUUAUUCAAAUUAAACCAUUUAAGCCCAAAUCAGAAUGGUGACCCACCAGUAAUAUCACACCCCAUUGGUUCUUGUGCCAUGAUGUCAAGUCAUAUGACACACAAAAACCAAUAAGGAUCUAUAGUACUUUUAAAAGAUCUUAUUGUAUGUUCUUCGGGAAACGCUAAAAAUGAACCUUACAUGAGGGUGAGACUUCUUUUUUUGUGUGACCAGUUAUUUUAAAGAUUAGCAAAAGCCGUUUCUGCAGAAACUGACACACAGGUACAAGUGUCAUAAACAUUAAAGUGCUAAGCAUUCAAGACUAUUAAGCAAUAAGACUUAGAGAAUUUUGGUUUAAGUUGUUGGGAGUGUGCGUUCACAUGUUUAGCUACUUUAUCCCCUCUCAUAUUUCUAAAGCUUCUCCGAUUCACUGUCAGUCAGAAGUCAUGAAAGAAUUUUUUAUGUUGAGACCACACCCAUUUAGGUCUAUCCCACCACAGUGACCCAGCAAGCCUACGUUUGAUUCACAUGGGGAACAUCCGCCAAUGCCUCAAUAGACCUCCUUGUAAAUCCUCACACCUUCCUUGAUUGCAGCUAUUUUUACAGAAUGGGAUAAAAGAAAUGUAAUAGGCCCCUGAGUCGAGCCAAUGACUAUUCUACCACAGUUGUGAGGCAGAAAACUUGGACCUCGUUCUCACCCACCUGUUCAAGACCAUGCGACCUUUAUUUUUUUGUCUUUUUAAAUAGAUUCAUUUGGCAUUAUCUUUCUCUUUUUCAUUGAAUUGAUGGCAGUUUGCAAACCUAAACAACCUAACAAAACUGUAAGCAAACAUAAAAAAGCAUCAUGUUUUCCAUUACUGCGUUGUUGUCAUACAGUGGUUGUCAGACUCAAAGUUCAUCUAUAUUUUGUCCUUCUCCAGCUGUCCUUUCGCUUAGGCUUUUUUUAUCCAUCCUGUGCUACUCAUACUUUUAAUGAUGGCUGCUUUCAGCAAGGAUACAUUUGCUUGGGUGACUUUACAAGCAGUGAAGUCAUUUCAGUGGGGUGAUAAUUAGUUCAUGGCCAACAUUCAUAUUUCAAACUUCCUGCGAGUUUCUUGGAACUUCAGUGUAUAACUUUAUACAUUUUCUUUCAUUCUUUUUGUAUAGCAGCAGUUUAGUUUAUGCUGCCACGAGUUUUGUGAACAAACCCUGAAACUAACAGGUGAACAAUUUAUACUGCUAUUUGUUGGUUUUUGUAAUGUAUAUUUGCAAAGAAGAGUCAAUUUCCUUUCUGGAAGUCUAGACUGCCUCUUUGUGUGUUCACACUGGUAAAAACAUUGUUUGGUUAGGGUUUACAAGUUAGGAAGUAUAACACGGACAAGGUUGCAAUUCUUUAACACACUAUAUGCAAUAAAAACACCACCCACCUGCUCUGAACAACUAACACAAGUUUGACCACCACUGAAGUCUGGUCUUGUUUGUCUAGACAAACAGAAGUUCCCAGAAGGGAAUAUUUCACGGCAUCUGAGUUCCAUAUGUGGGGACUUAAAAUUAUCAGUGGGAUUGUUGGUCUAAGUAGUCUUAAAUGUUGCCAUCAUCAAGACAAUUAGCACACAUCUUGGUUUCUAUUAGUUGCAUUCGAGAAUCAGCCUCAUAGAAAUUAACUAAACAGUUUGCAUGCACACCAACACACUGAUAACUACAAAAUCAGCUUAUUGAAAUAAUCUUUGAUAUUUAAAAAUAACUGAAGAAAUUAAGAAAAUGCAUUUUUGUAUGUUAUUGGGUCAAGUCAGAGUUUACCUAAUGUGUCUCUUCAGAUAAAUUACUCUUCAGAUAAAUUAUUGAAAGAUAUACAGACACGAUAAAGCCGCAUGCAUUUAAUAUGGAUGCCUGUUCACACAAGUUUGCUUCAUUUGCUUGACAAAUGGUUUGUCUUCUUGGUGGGAACUUAAUUAAAGGACAAAGGUCAAGCAAUUCUAAUUAGAGAGCAGACUGUCAAUGAACUCAUGGUCAUUUUUCAGAUGCAACAUUCCAGUAGUUUCACUGAUGUCUUUAGGACUGCAGUGUUCCACAACUCAAAACACUACAAAGACAGAAAAAGUGAAAGGAUUGCAAAAUAUAUCAAAUUUUAAACGCUAGAUGACUUUUCAUUAAAAAAAAAACUUGCGCUACACGAAAUAAGUAUUAUAAUUAAGUAAAUGUUAUUCAUAUUUUUUCACAAAUACUUGACUUUAUUUAUUUUUUGUUAAUAUAUCAAAAAUAUAUUAAAAUAUAAUAAUAAAUGUAAGCUUCAAAAUAGUUCACCCCAAAAAUAAAAAACUCUCUCUACACCUAUUUUUCUGUUCGCCUCAGAAAGAUAACAGAAAGGUGCCUUUUCCAGUCUCUGGUGUUUCUAGUCAACUUAACCCUUUCACAUUUUCAUACUGAGUAUGAUAUAUAUAUAUAUAUAUAUAUAUAUAUAUAUAUAUGUAUAACAAAAAUCAGUUCAGUUAAUUCAGUUGAUCUUCUCACCCCCAUUGUAACAUUACUUUCAAUAUAUACCAGAACAUGAGAGCAUCCAACCAGAAGGUGGAUAGUCUGAACCUAAAGAUAAUUAACUUUUGAACAUAUAUUGCUUUUUAAUAUAUCCAAUAAAACAAUAAUAAACAACGAUUUUAUUAUAAUCUGUGGCAUCUUGUCCUUUUUUAUAAUAAACACAGCUGACCUUCCACACACACAGAUUCAGGCACAUGUUUGACUGAUGGGUCUCUGAUUCACAGGAAGGACAUCCGAUAGCACAUUCUCUCCCUUCUUGCUUUCUAUUCUAGUGUCCUAGAGCAGCGGCUUCACGGGCCUGGCUGUGAUCAGGCCUCUGCUGAAAGAUAGAUACCUUCACCUGCCCGUAUCUGCCCUGGGCAUCAUAGCCACAUUCCUUCGAGUGGGAUUGACAGAACACCCCUCCACCAACUCUUUUAACUACUGGUAAAAGAAAAGUCUUCACAAGGCAGUUUUAGCAUGAUGCAGUUAGGUGGCUGGAAGUACAAUCCUACGUUGCAUUAAAUAUCCUGUUAUUCAUCUUAGUAAAUUACGCUUAGCUGAAUCCGCUGUCAGAAAACAGUCAACCCAAUCUUACGCAGUUCGUACAUAUUUUACAAGGUGCCUAAUUUGUACAAAUACGUAUUUUUUCGCAAAAUCAGACGUAUUUUAUGAGUUGCACAAUUCGUGCGAUUGUGUCCCUGAAUGUAGACAAAUCGUACAAAAUCGUAUAAGUAAGGUCAUACGAAUUCGUACGAAGUGGCCACCUUUAUAAAUACGUACGGAUUGGUCAUGAGAUUGCAUUGAAAUAGUAAGACAUUCCUGAUUUAAAGUAAAAAGUUGCAAUAACAAAAAAAUAAGGUUGCAAUCGUAAGAUAUAAAAACACACUGUGAUGUAGAAAGUCGCAUUACAAGAAAUAGAGUUUCAUUUUACGAUUCAAGAUUCAUUAGCUACUAAAGAAAAGGCUUUUGAUUGAUGCUCACUAUCAGAUGGUCUCACUGGCCUGUCAGAAGAGAAUUUUUUGCUGAUAAAACUGAGUAAUGAAUCUCUAAGCAGUAGGUGUUGUGUAAGAGGUCACAGUACUUUCACAAACUCAUCCCUCCAGGAUGUGCCCUUCUUGGAUUAUGGGAUACACAAAUCACAAUUUUUACACCUGGAACCAGACAUGAGGUUGUAAGAAAGACACUUGAAGUGUAACCUCGGGUAAGAAGCUGUAUUUUCGUGGAUUUUUUAUCUUUGGAAUCUACUUUUGAGAUAAAUCGUUUCAUUUUUAUCUGUUUCCAGUGUAUUACAAGCCUAAAAAUGACCUUAAAACUGAAAUGAAGAAACUGCAACAACUGCUUUGCACUCUACCUGUUACAUUUAAAGUUUAGUUGGGCAUCCUAAGCUUAAAUCAAUAGUUGAAAGGCACAAAAAGGCUUUGAGAUGGAAAUUCAAACUGGCUUUACAAACCUGCCCUAACAGCUCUGAUAUAAUUAGAGGUUCCACUUCAGUUUAACAGAUUGGAGCGCUUAGAUUAGUCCCCUGGUUUCGUCUUGAUAAAUCCUUAAAGGAAUGUCCAGUCUUCCAGCUACCUGCCUUCCUCUCUCUGUUUAAGGGGGGGUUGGGAGAUUGUUAUCUCAGGCUCAGUUUACUAUGUACCCCAGCUCAGCCUAACGAGUCUAUUCUGAGGUGUACGGUCCACUCGUGCCUUUGUGUAAGCCCGUAAAGAAAGCAUUUGUGUUAAAUUACAAGCAGCUUUUCUGUUGAUAAUUGAGUGGCCAUUUGUAAAUUUCAAUACAGAUGUCAUUGCAAGCUAUUGUGUGAACAAGCCUACAGGUUAAAAAAAAACAUGAAGCUUAUCGGUUUUCAAUGAACGUGAGCAUGUCCAUAAAUGUUUAAUUUGUUAUGUAAUAUUAUUAUUUAAUUAUUUUGUAACUCUCUGCCUUUCUAUCAGUAUUUGGUUAUAUGGAUGUUAUAUGGCUAUACUGUAUAUCAGCAUGCCAUGCUUCUUCAUAAAUAACAUCAAUACAUUUUAAGUGCUCUUCUUUUGUCAAACAGAUGUUUUAGCUUGAGGUAAGUGGUCAUGUCAAAGGCUAAAUACACGUGGGAGGUUAUGAGCUGGCUUUACAGCUCACGGGAAAAAAGGAUUUUAGCAUUUUAGAGCCUAUUUUCUUUUUUGUCAACAAUAAUAACAAUAGUUGUUCCAAAGAACAAUAAUUGUCCCAAUGUUGUAUGACGAUGUAUUGAAUAAAUGUGAAAAAAAUAUAUAUGCUUAUAAUUAAAACCAACAUCAACUCUCUGUU